AUGUCUAAUUUAUCCAAUUUACAUGAUCAAACAAAUGGUAUAACUACUAUUAAUAGUGAUGGAAAUAUAUUUUAUCCUAAAUUAAGCGGCAUCUCAACUACUACUACUACACUACCAUCAUUGUCAACAACAUUAGCAGAUCAAACGCUAUAUGAAAAUUAUAAUUUAAAAUGGGAUGAAGCUUCAUUAGAGCAAAAAGUGGCAGCACUAAAACUAGAAACCCAGAAACAAUUAUUUAAUGAAUUUAUGCUUCGAAAAGCUCAAAUGCAGAAUGCUCCAUUAACUUAUCCAAAUGAAAUUCAUCUUCGUACAUCAAAAACGCCAAGUCCACGAAAUCGUGAAUUAUAUAAAACAGCAUUAUGCGAUUUUUGGAGUGCCGGAAUACCAUGCCGAUUUGGUGAACGUUGUUGGUUUGCACAUGGUCCACAUGAACUUCGUAUUGCACGUUUUGUUUAUCCUGGUUUACAUCCGUAUGACUAUGAAAUUCGUAUGAAUACUCCAAAUAAUACAUUAUCAUCAUCUUCUGCACGUCGUUUCUGGAAUUUGGAACAAAAUUAUCCAAUAACUAGUCUACAACCUACACCAGUAACAAUUACUCCAAUGGGUCAAAAUGUACCAAUUGGUUAUGAACGUAAACUUCGUCGCAUCUCUCCGAUUCACGAGAAUGCGAAUUUAAAAAGCUGGCGUACAACGCAACGUGUAUCAGACGGUGAUUCUGGUAUUGGAAGUACAGGUACCAACAAUUCACCUGAAGUAAAUGCAAAAUAUAGAGAAAAUUUGGAUAGUGCAUCUUAUCAGUUUUCCCCAUUUCAUGAGACACCAUUAACCGGUGAUAACAGAAUCCUGCCACCACAUCCUUUACGUCCAUUGGAUUUAUUAAUAAAUCGGGAACAAUCAGAUUUUUCAAAAAAUGAAGCAUAUAACCACUGGUUAAGUACCGGAGCAGUACAGUCAAACAGUAUGUCGUUAACACCGGGUUUAGAACAGAUGAGCUGGUGGCCUGAUACAAUCAGUACCACAUAUCCAUAUAUUAACCGUCCAAGCCAAAACAUUCACCUCAAUCAUAGUGCAGCACCAGCACCACCAGUAGCACCAGUAACACCAGCAACACCAACAGCAACAGUAAUAGCACCAGCAGCACCAACAGCACCAACAGCAGGAUUGGUGAAUGAGCAAUGCUUUUCGAUGCGUAUUGAAUCAACGGCUGAUAAAAUUGAAACUUAA